AUGAAAAGCAUAUGUAAAAGUGGCGCUGAGUUACGCCCAAAGACGCAACAAAAUUUGUUAGCGAAUGAUUCAACUAAUAUUGAUGCACGCAAUGUUACUGACGAAGCGUGUGUCGAAGACAACCUCGGCCCAUACGAAUUUUUCCAGGCCAAGCUGCAGGCCAUUCGAUCUGCAAAUAAUAUGCUACACUUGACCAACGAAAAACCGCAAAAUGAAAAAAAGCAUUUAAACGAUGACAAAUUUAAGCACCUCUCUGUUUUAAGUUACUGCUAUCCCGACACUAAGUCCAGCAUUGCCUCUGUUGUCCAAUACAGUGCAGAAAAAUUGAAUAAAAUGCUGCAAGAUACGCGAAAGCUUUUUGAAUUGGAUGGCGAAUUAAAAACUGCAUAUGCCGCUCACUGCCAGCAAGCAACGAAGGCCAAGCAAGCUGAGGCCCAGCACAAUCGAUUUGAUAAAUACACAACGAUGGACUAUGCCAAAUUGGAAGCGACCAAAAAGGAAUUACAAGAGAAAUAUAUGCAGACACGUGGCAAUUGCGUAAAUUUGAACACAAAGCUCGGAUCAACACAAAGACUCUUUGAGUCUAAGUACCAACUACUAUUGACUGAAGAUCGCCAAUUUGAGCGUUAUCAACUAGAGGCAAUCGAGGCCAGGGUCCAAAUAAAGUUUGGUUUGGAUAAGCGACGUAUUGCAGCGACGUAUAUGAAACCAUAGCCUGCUUAUCCUGGCGGCUUUGUUAGUGUAGAGUCGUUGAAUUAAAUAUUACAUUUAAGCAAUUCAAAAUCUGAUUAAUUAAUAUGUGUAAUUUUAAUUGCCUCAUAAAUUUUGUUACUCAGUUACAUUCACUUCCAAUUAAAUACGUUCUUAUGUAUACAUACAUACAUAUGUACAUAUAUCAAAUGAAA